ACACGUAGAAUCAUUCACUUGAUUAGUUACGAACACGGCCUCACGAUGGUUGGGUUUAGAAAAAUUCUGCUGUGUGUCGCAUUACAAGUGAUCUUCACAGAUGCCGCAAGAAUUCUAGCGGUGUUCCCCGUACCUUCCUUCAGCCAUCAAAUCACCUUCAGGCCAAUCACUAUGGAACUCAUCAAACGUGGCCAUGAAGUAGUGGUGAUGACUCCAGACCCAAUGUUCAAGAAAGGUGAAACACCAGCGAACUUGACAGAAAUAGACGUCCAUGACAUAUCAUACCAAGCUUGGCAAGUCUUCAUGGAAGCAGCUAAAGGAAAAAAGGAAGAUUUAAUCACUCAAAUGAGGGUGGGAUCAGAAAUGUUGGUCGAUUUAGUAGAUCUUCAAUUUCAAACUAAAGAAGUAAAAGAGAUUAUCAAAGGGAAACAACAUUUUGAUCUCUUGCUUGUUGAAGCUUGUGUUCGGCCAGCCUUGGCGUUUUCUCACGUCUACAAAGUGCCUUUGAUACAGAUAAGUUCGUUUGGAGCAAUGUUUGACAAUUAUGCGGUGAUUGGAGCACCGAUACAUCCUUUCUUAUACCCUAAUACUAUGAAUCAAAGGAUUUACAAUCUGACAAUAUAUGAGAAGUUGUACGAAUUGUAUAAUAAUUACAUGAUGGAUCAAUUGACCGUUGAUAUGACUGUUGAAGAAAAUAAAAUGCUGAAGAAGCAUUUUGGGCCAGAUGUUCCUGAAAUAACAGAAUUACAAAAUAGGGUUGAGAUGUUGUUCUUGAAUGUUAAUCCGAUUUGGGAAGGAAUUCGGCCGGUACCACCCAGUGUCAUACAUUUGGGAGGUUUGCCCCAGAAACCGCACAAGGAACUGCCUCAAGAUUUAAAAACAUACUUAGAUUCUUCUAAAAACGGCGUUAUUUACAUCAGUUUUGGUACCAACGUGAAGCCGAGUCUACUCCCUCCUGAAAAGAUCCAGACGCUUGUCAAAGCCUUCUCAAAGAUGCCUUACGAUGUUCUCUGGAAGUGGGACAAGGAUGAACUGCCUGGAAGGACAGCAAACAUCAGGAUCUCCAAAUGGCUACCACAGUCUGACUUGCUUAAGCACCCAAAAAUAAAACUCUUCGUAACACAAGGAGGUCUACAAUCAACAGACGAAGCUAUUACAGCAGGAGUACCUCUAGUUGGAGUCCCCAUGUUAGGAGACCAAUGGUAUAAUGUGGAAAAAUAUGUCCACCAUGGAAUUGGAGUCAAACUGGAACUGAUAUCUCUAACUGAAGAAUCGUUUAGUACUGCUGUUAAUACUGUUAUUGGAAAUGAAAGUUACCGCAAAAACAUCCAAAAACUAAGAACUCUGAUGAAUGAUCAGCCAAUGAAACCUUUGGACCGUGGUAUUUGGUGGAUAGAGCAUGUCCUCCGCCACGGGGGAGCAAAACACCUUCGUUCCCCCGUCGCCAAUAUUUCUUGGGCGGAGUAUCUGGAGUUUGAAUUGAUUGCCAUAGUCCUUUCAGUUUUAUUGGCUGCUUUAGCCAUUGCCAUUGCCAUAAUCUAUAGUCUGUACGGUUUUGUGACGAGAAACUAUAUAAUUAAGACUAAAGUGAAGAGUAGUUAAUGUUUUUAGUCGUUUUUUAAUGGUAGUUCAAUAUUUUUUUAUAAAUUAUUUGUUUAUGUUUUAACUUUCGUGAGACAUACUAAAUUAAUUAUUACGUUUUUUGGCUUACUCACGUAAUUAUUUGACGAGGAACUCUCGAGUUCCUCGUCAAAUAUUUACGCAAGUAAGCCGAAAAACACAAUAAUUAAUGAAUGUGUUAUAAAACAAUUAUGAAUGUAGUAAUUUCGAAGACUUUGAAGAUUAUUGUUAUUAUUGUUGUGUGUCGCUAUUUAAGUUGUGAUAUAAUUUAGCUUUUAAUAUAAAGAUUUCGUUUUGAGGUGUGAUAUUCAAAAUUCAAUUGUGUCGUUUUUAAUCGUUUAGUACAAAAGUAUUUAUUUUGUCAAUGUUGAAGUGAGAUAUUAAUUCUUAAUAUUUUUAUGUAAGCAAUAAACGGCUCUUAUUUACUGUUAAGUGACGUUAUUUUAACAAACAGGAAUAAUUAUUAUAAGUGACAUUUAACAAAAAAAAAAACUACUGUGAAUAAUAAUAUGUAUUUUAGAUAAUUGUUAUACAAAUGUGAUAGAUUAUAUUUAAGUGUAUAGUUGUUAACCUUAUUAUAUAUUCAUGUUCUAAAAUAAAUAUAAAAUAUUAUUGUGAUUGUAAAUUAGUUAACAAGUUAAUUUAUUAAGUGAAUUUUUGUAUAUUUAGAAAUAUAAUGUUUGUUAAUAAAUAUGAAUAAUUAUGAUUUUAUUAUUUUUCUUUCUGAACUGAUAAUUUACGGAACAAUUAUAAAUAGACAGAGAUGGAAAUCCAUACCCAGACAAGCUUAAAAAAUACAUUACGUUAAGACAGACAACAUUAACCGAAUUUUUUAAAACUUAAAACUAAAAAUAAAACUUUUUAAUGCAAAUUAUUCAAAACGCGUAUAACCAUUUUAUUCAGGAAGAAUCAUUUUACUAUUAUAUUAAUGGUAUUUUAAUAAUUCCAAAAAUAGUACGUAGAUAUAAAUAAAAUCUAGAAAAUAAAGAUAAAACUGCGUUCAUAUUGAGGGUAAAGAAAUAUUAAAGAAGUUAUCAGUGCAUGAGUAUUGCCAGCCUUAUGCUUAAGGAUCGGAGAAAAGGAGAAAGGAUAGACCGGGGAUGGAGAAAUUGCAAACGCAGUCUAAAAAUAUUUCCUAUUCGUUGAAUAACAAUCAUAUACAUAGUUAAUUGCUACUGACGGUAAUGUGUUUUGUGCCUUUAGUUUUCGUAAAUUACAAUAUACCGUUGAAGAGUUCCCUUAACAAUUACACUUCUUCAUCAUCAGACCCUUAAUGACAGCCCCACUCUAUUUAGGUAUAAAGUCCUCAUCAAUACAAAUUAAUCAAGCCCAAACUCAAGGUAGUUACUGUAUACCGUUGAGGAGUUCCCUUAACAAUUACAUUUCUUCAUCAUCAGUCCCUUAAUGACAGCCCCACUCUAUCUAGGUGUA